AGACAGUGUUAGCGAACUCCACGACACACGAACACACACACACGACUCUUCUCCUCCUCCUCCACCUCCUCUUCUUCCUUCUCCAGUCACUUGCUCGGAGGAAGAAUGAUACCCAGGUCAAUGUUGUUAACCCUGCUGGCGGUGGCCCUGAUAUCAGCCACGGGACAGCACCACCAGCAGCAGUAUGACCAGCCGGGACCCUUGCAGCAUCACCCCGAGGAGGCACCUGAGCUUGGAGUACCCGAGGAGACCCAGCAAGUGGCCGUUGUAGCGCCUUACGACCUACACGUUGCCGCCACGGGUUAUGACGGCUACGGUGGAGGUGGUGGCUACGGUGGUGGUGGCUAUGGUGGCGGCGGCAAGGCGUAUGGUGGAGGCGGGAAAUCGUACGGCGGCGGCGCUAAGUCCUACGGCGGGAAUAACAAGUACCAGGGCGGCUACCACGACAAGGCUGGGUACAAGGGCCACAAGGGGUACUUCGGGGACAAAGGCUACAAAGGGAACAGCUACGGGAACUCCGGGAAGGCUGGGAACAAUAACUACCAAGACUCCUACGGCAACCAGUACAAGGGUUACAACGACGCCUCCAAGCACUACGGCGACACCCAGCACGGCAAGAAGGGCAAGAAGGGGCACCACUCCGGGUCCAAGGGCCACCACGACAAGGGCCACAACGAUAAGGGCUUCAAGAACGUCUACCACAAGGAGGAAUACCAACACACCAAGAAGUUCUACGACGACAGCGACAACAACAAGUACCACAACAGCUACGACGACUUCGACACCUACUACAAUGCCCACCACGGCGACGCCUACAAGGGAGGACAGCACAAGGGGGGCAAACACCACGACACGCACGGCAAGAAGGGCUACCACGGGCUCUCCAAAUACCACGACGACCACGCCUCCCACAAGGGCCACUACGGGGACGACGGUUACUACGGCCACAAGAACUCCUACGGCGACCACGGGGGACACAAGGGCCACUACGGGAGCCAGGACCAUAAGAGCCACGGGGAUUAUGGCCACGGGGGGUACGGGAAGAGCACUCACGGGGGAGGCUAUGGCGGCUAUGGGAAGAGUGGUGGACAUGGCGGUGGUGGGUAUGGUGGUGGUGGACAUGGUGGUGGUGGUUAUGGUGGUGGUGGACAUGGUGGUGGUGGUUAUGGUGGUGGUGGACAUGGUGGUGGUGGCUAUGGUGGUGGUGGUUAUGGUGGAGGUUACUAAUGGUAUGGUAGCGACUUAUGGUAAUCUCUGUAUGGCCCUUUACUUGAAGCGACUUGACACGCACGACCUUUCUAAUUUAUAAUAAAAUAAUUUGUAUUGGCAA